CUUUGGAACAGUCAUGAAUCAAGCUUGAAGGACUAUCUUUAAUAAGAGAAAGUUCAAAGUCACUUUAAAGGACACCUGUGAUAGACACAAAAGACUUGCAUAAGACCACCAACGCACUGAAUUCACCAUGCAAGAUUAAUAAAGAGGCAAAAAUGCUUGUAGCUUAACCAUCACUGCACCUCCUCUUCACCAUAUUCUCCUCCUCCCCUCAAUAUCCAAUCCCUUCAGCUCUUCUCUCCAGCCCUCCACCACAUCACACAUACAGUCUUUCCCCACAACAUCCACCCACAAACACAUUCACACACAUUCCUUCUUCAUUUCUCUCUCUCACUCUCUCUCUUAUACACAUACACACCCUCCAGCCUGGAGAUAUAAAGAUGUGACUGAGGCUGGUUUGUAACCAGAUGAAAGACGAGUAUAAUCCAGAAGCCAUCGUUUGCUCACUGCUGGAGUGGGGAUGUUGAAGGAGAGAACAAGGGCUAGGAUGAGUGACGUGUGAUGGAGAGAUUGUGAAAAUAAGAGACUGCAGACUGAUUCUCCCUUUAAAAGAACCUGAACUGACGCCACACUCUUGGGAGUCUGAGAUGACCGCACAGACCAUUAUCUAGAGAGAGCGGGCAGGUAGAGACGAGGCAGAGGAGACAGAGAGGACAAAGAUCAAAAGGGAUUUCCAGCUGCAUCUGUGACUGGGACACAAGCAGAUAUUCAAUGGCGGAGACUGGGCGCCCUGUUUCGGAACAGUUCCAAUCUUGGGGCACAAUCCCGCCAGAACCUGUUGUCGCAGCUGAGUGCAUUCUCUCUCUCUCGAAGACUUCAAAAGAUGUCAAGGUCUUCCUACAGCCUGAAGAACUACUAAUGAGCUCAACUGAAUCAUCAUGCUCAUCAAAAGACCUAAAAGAUAGUAGCCAGAAUGCUGCACAAUCUUGCAAUACCAUCUCUGACUGUAUGACUGGCCAACAUGAUUCAAGUCACCACUGUAUUCCUGAGACCCACAUGUCUGAUGGAGUGGGUUCACAGCCAAGAAACAUAACAAGCUAUCAGAAUAAACAGGCAUGUAGAGCAUCACUGACAGUGCACAGAGAACAUGUCUUAUUUCCUCACAAGGACCUGAAAGAAAACAGCCUGUUAUCAAUACAGAGAAGCCACUCUGACAGUUUGCAGAUUUUCAAAGAAAGUGCUCCUCCUCCAAACUGCUGUGAAACUGGUGCAUUGUUUUGCCAAGGAAAAGACCAGGAAGCUUGUGCACAGUCUUUUCCCUCUUUAGUGUGUAAACAGGCCAUGCCUCUUCAGCAAUGCAAUACGGUUACCACGUCCACCAGAGCAAGAAGUAGUGGAUCAGGCAGCCCGACUCAGCCAGUGAAACAAGGCUACAUUCAGAUCUGCCCAUCUGGCCAAAUACAAGUGCCUAAUGAGAUCAUUCUAGAGUCCACCUGUCCCAAAUGUGAAGAGGCUGUUUGCUGCAACUCACACUUCCACCAUGGAGCUAUAGAGGACACAUUUGCUGCAUACUGUCACCCCCAGCCCAUUCCUGCCCCGGCUCAGCUGCUGCCACACUUAGUUGGGAUGGAGGAGACCCACAGGGGCCAGGUAGCUGCAGGCAGCUUGCUAACUCUCCCUCGGCUCAUCUCCUCUGUCAGCGAGACAGGAUUGGAUGGAAAGCGACUGCUCCGCUGUUGCAAUCUGGAUUGUUCUUGGCCAGGUCCAUUACGUCCAAGUGGGACUCAUAUGGAUGGAAAGACCACAAGGGAAGUGGCGACCAUGACCUCACAAAGAGAACUGAAGGAUAUAGGGGUGCAAGUGGGUCAGGACUUUGAGGAACUUCCCCAGCACAUGUUCCCAGAGGUGUGCCUGGUUGAGGAGAAGACGAAUUUGAGUGGUAAAAUGGUGUCAAAGAGUCACAAGUCCCCAGUAAGGGAGGUGAAAUGGGAUGCAGAGGGCAUGACUUGGGAGGUGUAUGGGGCCUCGGUUGACCCUGAAGAACUAGGACAUGCAAUUCAGCGACAUCUGGAGAUGCAGAUUAAAGAGACUAUGGGAAUUGCGGCAAAGCUUUCGCGUCAGAACACAACAACAUCUCAGCACAGCUCAGGAUCAAAGCAUAGGAGAAAAAAGGGGUUAUUGGAAUUGAUUCGCCGUCCUGGCUGUUGUUCUCGCACCACCGGUGCCGUGGACUAAAGGGCCUGCCAUACUUGACUGAGACCUCAAGCAGACAUUUAUAAUGCUCUUGGAUAGAGCUUUGAAAGCCAAGUGAAGAACAGAACUUGGUCAAAUUACAAUAAAACAAAACUGUCUGGGUUUAGACAGGCAAGUAAAAAGGAACAAAAAUAGGUAAUUUGUAGCAACAGUACUCAGUAUUUGUCCUUGAAUAACCAAACUGUGUAAUAAGUAUUUGGAACAAUCAUGUGCCUAUGUCUUCCUUUGAUUUCUAAAACCUCACUUAAUAGUAGAAGUAGUUUUUGCUAAUGCUAAUGUUGAAUAAUUUAGAGAAAUUGUGGGUUAUUUUAUAAUAGAGAUCUGCUAUCCUUGGUAUGUGUUUUCCAUCAUCCAAAAAAUAUGACUCUGAAGUUUCUGUCUUUCAUCAGUCUAUGUGGGUUUGUGUCCAUUAAACCAAAAUGUUUUUUACUUAAUUUUCUGAAAGCCCUGUGAUAGAGGUUUGAAAAUACAUGAAUGGUGGCUCCACCUGCUGAUCAAAUCAUUACAGUAACACUGAAGUUAAUGAAAUCAUCAUUUGUGUAUGUGAGUGACAAUGUUUUAAAAUUGCCUACUCCAAUUUACAAUUAAAUAUUACAAUAUUAGAGGAAGUAGAAGAGUUAAUUAUUAAAAAGACUUAAGCUCGUGAGCACAAAAUGUGAUCUAAAAUGUACUGUGAAUAAUAACAUAUACAAACUAAAUUAUUUCACUUUUAAUGAAAUAUAAGCAUUUGAUUAAAUGGAUAGUUUACCCAAAAUUUUAAAUUCUCUCAUUUACUCACCCUCAUCCCAUCCCAGGAGUGUAUGACUUUCUUUCUUCAGCAGAACACAUUUGAAGAAAAAUAGAAAAAUAUCUCCGCUCAUGAUUUCGAACGAUUUCGCUGCAACAACAUCUGACUAGCUUAAAAUAUGGGACAAAUCGUGUACGGUAUUGACUCAAUACGGGACACGACUUUUCAUCUUUAAAAAUGGGAGGAUCCUGUAUUUUACGGGCCGGUGAAAAGCUUAAUUGGGAGUAAACAAACAUAUCCAAAUGCAGAUCUGAACCAAAACCAACAAUGCUUCUGUACAGAGUUCUUUCUACUCAAUUGUAUACAGCCCUGCUCUUCUGGGUGUUUCUGGGUAAUUUUCAAAGUGAUCAAUUGUUUGUCAUGCAUUGUGAAAACCCUUGGGCUUCUGGAAAAUAACAAAGAUGAUUUAUACAGUAUUCUAAGUAACAAGCUUUAACACUUGGAUGUAGAAUUGUGUAAUAGAAUAAUGUACACAUUAUUUGUCAAAGCAAAUCAAAUGUGCCACCAGCAGCCCCUUUUUUUUUUUUUUUUGGUCCAUGUAUUCUAUAACAAUAAAAGCAA